GUGGUGAUUGGAUCCAAGAUAGAAGUUAGGAGAAUUGAUCACUUGCCAAUAAUUAUCUUCCAGUCAGGUUUAGCAAGAAUCCAAAUAGCUUCUCAUUAUUAUGUUCACCAUUUUAAUAUCACUUCAUUGAAAUUUCAUGUAGAGAAUCUCAGAAAUCAAUUUGAUCAGUUAAAAGGUAAUCAGUUUACACCACUGUCGAUUCAGAAAUUCGAGGAAAUUCAGCAAACACUAAAAAACUUAGCUCCCUUCAGGAGACAAAAGCGUUGGGACAGUUUAGGAACUGGUUGGAAAUUUAUAGCAGGAAGCCCAGACGCUAAUGACUUGAAGAUUAUAAACUCCUCAAUUAAUGAGCUUGUAUACAACAACAAUCAACAGAUUAGAAUUAAUAGGGCACUUAAUUUACAGAUGAAAGAAUUAGUUUUCAAAACAAAAGAUGCAAUUGAACUGUCAAACUCCAAAUCAUUGGAAAUCUAUUCAAUAAAUAUUUUUCUAAAUCUUAAAUUUUUAGCAGAGAAAUUAACUCAAAUUGUUGAAAGUAUAGCCCUUGCAAAAGUAGGAAUUUUGAAUGAGAAAGUACUAAGUCAAAAUGAAAUUGAGAUUUUGUAUCAAGAUCUAUCUAAACAAAAUAUCUCACUUCAUAAUGCCUUGGAAGCACUCAAUUUUGCUGAAACAACAGUCGCCACCAACAGCAAGGAACUGACUCUACUGAUAAAAACUCCCAUCUUAGACAAGAGGAUUUUCAACAAGAUUCACGUCUUCCCUGUCACAGCUAGUCACAAACAGAUCAACCUGGCUAGAAGGAACUAUUUGCAUCAUGAAACCGGUAAUUACAUUGCGGGCUCUUUAGAGACAAUUAUAUACAAAGUCCAUGAAACAGAAUUCGACAAUUCCGGAUGUGUACCAAAACUUCUCUCGGGACAACAAGCAAGCUGCAAUUACACCAUGAAUCCACCUGAAGAUGAAAUCAUUAUUAUAAAUCAUGAAAACGUCAUAAUGAACUCCGACAGGAAUAUUUCAUUCUCAUCAAAUUGUGGAAUCAGCAACCGUACGUUAUCUGGAACAUUUUUGAUAUCGUUUCACGACUGUGAGGUAACCAUCAACAACAUCACCUAUUCCAAUAUGAUUCGGAAUAUGGCUGGAAGUCCAAUACAGCUUCCAUUGGAUGGUCUUACAAUACAAAAACAGUUCACAAUAGCAAACCCAAACUUGGAACAUCUACAUCUACAUAUACAUCUGGAAAUGAGAAAGGAAAUGGAAUACUUUCGAUUGAACAACACCAGCAUCCAGUGGCCUCCUCCCUGGCCCGUUUUUGGAGGAAUCAUCUCCCUCCCCUGCACGAUAAUCUGUAUUGCGAUUCUUUUGAAAAUUUUCUCCCACAGAUCAGCCACUGUAAAGAUACAAGCAUCUAAUGUCACAGCCCCACAGGACCCAGUGGUCGACAUUCAACCCAGAAUAAGAUCGUUGACUCUAAUGGACGUGAUUCGGACGGACCCUCAUCUCUCAGGAAGGGACGAGUUAGCAACGGAGCUAGCCGAUGGGCGCUAGAAAAAUGCUGACGACCCCGCCGCAUCGAAUUGGCAACGGAAGCCGCCAGAACGAGGGCAUCGGAAUCU